AUGGACGAAAACAGUUCUCUUAUUCCAUUAGAAUCAAGUAAUAAUGUUAAUGAUAAUAAGACUAAUUAUCAGGGAAAUAGUACUAAUAUAUCGAUAUUUUCAUUAUUGUAUUAUCAAAUAUUUGGCAUUAUUAUAAACCCAAGUAUUAUAAUAUUAGAUAAAAAUGAAUCAUAUAAAAGAUUAGAUCAUGAUCGUAUAAUAAAAACAGUAAUAUAUUUGUCUGAUUUAUUUACAAAUAAGUGUUUACCUUAUAGAUUAUCACCAACAAUUAUACCUCUACCAGGACUCGUAUUAAAUGUUACACUAUUCAUGCUAAUAUAUACAUCAUCACAAUUAUAUCGGUAUUAUUAUAUAUUAUGGUUAAUAGUACAAUAUGGGAUAUAUAUAAUUGAUGGUAAGCAAGCCAGACGAAAUGCUACACAAUCUCUAGCUAGACAUUAUUGGGAUCAUUGGUGUGAAGUACUAAAUCUAGCUAUAGCUGAUUUAAUUAUAAUAAAAUUAUAUCCAGUUCAUCUAAAUAUAGAUUAA